GGCUGAGUUCAGGGCCGAGGUGCUGCAGAAGAAGCGCGAGGCAGUGCUGUCUGGAGAGGACUCCCUGAAGCUGGUGGAGGAGCAUCGGCGCCUGAUGGCCUGGAACGAUGACGAGAACGCCCGGCAGCGAGCACGGAGGGAAGAGAGAAUCAGGAAAGAAGAGGAAGAAGAGAAGAAGAGGAAGUUAGAGGUUGCAGAGGAGCAGGCCAGGAAAAUGGAGGCUUUCCUGAAGGAGAAGGAGAAGGAGAUUCUCCAGCUGCAGGAGGAAGCCAAGACCUUCAUCACCCCGGAGAACCUGGACGCCCGGAUCGAGGAGUGCCUGGACAACCCACGCAACUACAACUUCGCCAUCGACAAGGAUGGGCGGAUCGUCAAGCAGACUGUGUUGUCGUAG